UUGCAUUCCGUCUCAUCAUCGUUUUGUUAUCGUAGUCUAGGGUGCUGGAAGAGCAGCAUGAAAAGGAUCUGAAACAACAGAAAGAGCUUUGGCAUUCAGCCGAGAAGCUCAAGCGGGAUAAAUGGAUACAAGAGAAAACAAAAGCUAUUAAAGACCAGACCAUCAAAGGACUGGAACCUGAGAUCCAGAGAAUGCUCGCUCAACACAAGCAGCAGAUCCGCCAGCUGGAGGAGAAGUACCGGGAAGAAGUUGUGAAAGAGAAAAGCAUCCUUGUCGAGCAGCAGCAGCGGCAAAUGGAAGGCAUGCGAGACCGAAUCGUCGCAGAGCGACAAAGAGCUUGCGAAGAGGAGAGGGAGUUCUCAAGGCAGCGGUAUCAAAAGCAGCUGGAACGAGAUGAGCUGGAGUUCCAACAGCAAAAGCGCAAGCUUCUGGCGGAAUUUGACGAGCAAAAGCAUGCCAUAUCCGAAUCUGCCAAGCAAGAAAGGCAAAACGAAGAGCUGGUCCACCGGAAACAACUGGAGGAGAUACGCCGACAGCUUGACGCGGAACGUGAGGCCAAGGCGCACGCGUUGGAGGACCUGCGUAGGAGGCAGAAUGCAGAGUCGACGACUUUGCGGGAGAAACUGGCCAUCGAGAGAGAAGAGUGGCAGGCUCAAUACAUGGCAAAGCAAGAGGCCGAGAUGCGCACGCGUGAGAAACAAUUCAAGGAAAAGCUCAUACGCGAACGCGAUAGCGAAAUCGAGAUGGUUGUGCAGCGCUUGGAAUCCGAAACGAGCUCUAAUUCAAGCGAAGGAGUGCGAAGACAUCGGUUGGAGAUUGAGCGCAUCCGGUCAGAGGUUGCUGACGAGAUCAAGCAGCUGCGGGAUCAGCAUAGUCUCGCUUUAGACAAGGUCGUGAGCGCCCAGAACGAAAAACGACUGGCGGAAGAAACAUUGAAAGGCUUCGAGAAGAAGCUGCUUCAGUUGCAAUACGAAUCCACGGCGAAGGACAAUCUGAUCCGGGAUCAGAAGACCGAGUUGACGAGGCUGAAAGUCGACGAGCAGACUCUUAUGGAAGCGAUUCGGAAGGACUUCGUUGACCAAAUCGAUGCCAAGGAAGAAGCGUUGACGCACUGCAAAGAUCAACUAGCACAACAUGAUCAGGAAAUGGAAGCAACGCGACACUUGCAUAAUCAACGACUCGAGGAGUUGAGACAAGAGAAGCAGGAGCACACAAUACAAAUGAUAGAAGAGCAGGUUCGAAAGGCAAUGGGCGCUAAGGAUCAAGUCAUCGGUAGCCUUAAAGCUGAAGCACAAGACCUGGGCAUCAAGAACAAGUAUCUAGAGCAGAUCAUAGAAAAGCAGCGACAGGAACUCCUUACAUAAAACACAUCAAGUCAAACGAAUGUACAUAGCUCUGAGGACUACCAGCCUCUUUCACAUCUCCCAAUCUCCCGUAAGGAUGCAUUUACAGACGUAUGUAUCCUUUAAGGGUCCUCUACGGAAAAACGCGUGUCCCGU